GAAGUAGAAUUUAAAAUUUCAAUGUAUUGCGAGGGAUGUGAAAAACAAGUCGCCAAAGCCAUUUCCAAAAUCAAAGGGAUUGAAGAAUUCAUGACGGAUAUGAACAAACAGAAGGUGAUAGUGAAGGGCCGAAUAAAUGCAGAUAAAGUGUUGAAGAAACUAAAGAAGAAAACUGGAAAGAGAGUUGAAAUGCUGACUAAAAAAGAAGACAAUAAGAAGGGUGAAGAGAAAGAAGGAGAUUUGUCAUCAUUGGAAGCAAUUAGUCCAAGACAAGUUGCAGAUACUUUGAUUCUUGAAUUUACUGGAGAUAGUAUGUUAUAUACCAUGUUUAGCGAUGAGAAUGCAAAUGCAUGUUCUAUUAUGUAAAGCUAUCUUUUUGGACACGAACUAAUUUUUCAUCUGAGCAUUAUCAAGGUUAUAUGGUCCCUU